AUCAAGAUGGCAUCAGACUUGAGGCCACCUCCAUAUUAUGAAAAUUAUGCUUAUCAGCCAGAAAAUCUUACUGCUCCCAGUCACACAAGUGGCUUUUAUGUGUGCCAACAGUAUACAUCUCCGUAUUGUCCUGCAACAGUACCUCAUUAUGUCCCAAGAGUUUGCACUCAACCCUCAACUCCAGCAACUACAAUAGUGCAUCCCAUUUCUUCAUCUGGAAAAAUCUGUACAGCAAGACUUAGGAAAGCCCUGUGCUUCAGUCUGUCAGUUAUAAUUCUGCUAGUAGGAGCUGCAAUUGCAGGCGUCCUCAUCUGGUACUUUGUGGCAGACAGUUGUUUUGGAUCCAAAAUACGAUGUGGCAUUCUAGCAGAGUAUGUUUCACCAUCUCAGUGGUGUGAUGGAGUAAACGAUUGCCCUAAUGGUGAAGAUGAAAAUCGUUGUGUUAGACUUUAUGGACCAAGAUUUCUCCUGGAAGUCUAUUCAUCAGAAAGCAAAGAUUGGUACCCUGUAUGCUAUGAUGACUGGAGUGAUGACUAUGGGAGGAUUGCUUGUGCAGACAUGGGAUAUAAUAAGGACACAUAUUUCAACAGCAAGGCAACAAAACACACUUCUCCAUUCACAAGCUUUAUGAGGCUAAAUACAAGUUCUGAGGAUACAGACUUGUACAAGAAACUGUUUAACAGCAAGCAGUGUUCAUCAGGAAAUGUGGUCUCAUUAAGAUGCAUAAAAUGUGGUUUUUCAAGUAAAAAUCCAAAUCCGCGGAACAGAAUCGUGGGUGGAAAUUUAGCUGCCCUUAAGGAAUGGCCAUGGCAAGUCAGCCUUCAUGUCCAAAGAAAUCACCUAUGUGGUGGGUCCAUUAUCACUCCUGAAUGGAUUGUUACAGCAGCUCACUGUGUAGAGGGGUCAUUCUCUCAGCCAUCCUACUGGACAGCUUAUGCUGGAAUUCUGUUGCAGCACGAAAUGCUUCGUCCGUUGGGACACAGAGUCGCCAAAAUAAUCUCUCAUCCAAACUAUGAUUCAGAGUCUAAAAACAAUGAUGUUGCUCUCAUGAAGUUGCAGUCUCCUCUGAGUUUUGGUGACUCUAUAGGGCCAGUUUGUUUGCCCAACCCAGGAAUGAUGUUUGAGCCUGAACAGCAAUGCUGGAUAUCUGGAUGGGGAGCACAACGCCAAGGAGGGAGUACCUCAAAGGGACUCAAUGCUGCAUUUGUACAUUUGAUAGAAUCCUCUCGAUGUAAUUCUAGAUACGUUUAUAAUGGACGCAUUCUGCCUGCUAUGAUUUGUGCUGGUUAUCUAGACGGAAAAGUGGAUUCUUGUCAGGGUGACAGUGGUGGUCCAUUGGUAACUGAGAAACAUGACCUUUGGUGGUUAGUGGGUGACACGAGUUGGGGAACAGGCUGUGCCAGUGUCAAUAAACCUGGAGUUUAUGGUAAUAUGACUCAGUUCGCCGACUGGAUUUACAGAAAUAUGCAGGCAAACAGAUGA